AUGACAGACCCCUCCCCCUCAAAAGUAUUGGACCAAAUGGAAAUCGACACCACCUCCACCGCCGUCGACUCCACCCUCUCCAUAGACUCCACUCCCACCAACGCAACCGCCGUCGCCGCUGCUGCAGUCCACCAAUCAAGAACCCCCUUUGAUAAAUUGCUCGCUGGAUGGCAAGCCAAGAGAGAUGAAGAUUACCACUACAACGUCAUUCCCAUUCCCGAUCUCCUCCGCCAUCUCAGAGAGCGUGGUAUCCAAGUAUCCUUCAGAGAUGCAAUGGUUGCUAUGCUUCUUGUCGAUGAUGAAAACCGUGCUUUGGCUAGCCAAAAUUUUCAUUUCACGCAUGGUACUGCUAAUUGUUUUGUUGCUGAACAUUCUAAUCUCGUGUACGAGGAAGAAUAUGCAGAAAGCGAAGUUGGAGAUGCUUCACCAGGUCGCCAAGCUCAGGUCGAUGAUGAUCAAUCUGGAAAUGAGCAGGUUGAUAAGGCGGACAUGAUGGAAGUUGAACAAUCAGAGCUUUCCUCCGAUCAUGCUACACAACAUCAAGCCUCCGAGGAGCUUUAG